AUGGCGUUCCAUCAACCAACCCGACAGGCUGCGCAACGAGUCUUUCGACCUUCGCCCCAAGACGACGAAUCACACCAUACUCCACAGCCGGCCUCUCAAGCUGUGGAAGAUUCACAGACCUGGGUGCUGUUCUCUCCCGCGACCGAUGCCGGCACAACUACUUCGUACCUGACCUCCACUCACAAGACCAACACAACUCCAGGCCGCUCCCGGUUAAGUGACCUUGGGAGCCUCCAUAGCCUUGCAAGAUCAGAAGCAAGCGCUGAGCCCCGACGUUCGACGAGCUUCAUCGAUGCCCUAGACGAAGACGACGAGGACGACGCAGAGCUUGACAGCCUUGAUAGUCACCUGCCAGAGUUCCGCUCGACACCCGAUUUCUACAACUCCUCGCAAGCCGUUCCUCAUGCGACACCUGUCGUACCUGCCCACGAUGGCCUUGGAUCGUUUCGGCUUGAACAGGAGGGUAUGGGGGCCGACGUGCAGAACAGGCUAUAUGCGUUUGAGCAGUAUAACCCCCGACGGGUGAAGCGGCGGCGCGAAAGCCUCGACUUGGCCCAGGCUGAGCUCGAAAACGAGGGGUACCAGGAAAUAGACAAGACGCGAUGGAUAGAAUCUUGGCGCCUGGAGCAGAGUCGGUACCUAUUGGAGGAAGUUCAGAGGGAGACUCGCAGACGACGUCGCUCAGCGGCUAGCACAUCGAUUGCCCCCCAAGCAGAAAAGAGAGCCGAAGACGUAGCAACAUUGAGCGCGGUAGGCGGUGCAGUGGGUGACACUGAGGACCAAGGAGAAGACUGGCACGAUCACAACGAAAACGAGUCAAGAGGUGACCACGAAAGUGUAUGGGGGCGGAUUACCCGAAAGGUGGUUCGUGACCUCUUGGGCAUAGACGAUAAACUGCUUUCCAUCCUAUUUGGUGAAGCACUUCCGGACGAAGAGGAUCUAUCCUCAACGCCAAAAGCAUCAGUCUUGUCUCGGUCACCUCUCCAUAACGUCCCUGCAGAGAACACGUCAGAUUCCGGCUGGCAGCUCAAGAUGCUCGAGCGGGUAGCGAAGGAGCUUGGUCUUCUGGUUCACCAACUUUCUGAGCAUCCAGGUGCCUUCUCGACUUUCAGUCGGGUGCAGCAGAUGCCCCUGCCGUAUGCUGGUCUAUCGCCGAUUCCCGAAAGCGCAAACGACCCGGCACGUAGCGCGAUGAAGGAAGCGCCUGCAAUAAUACCUGAGUUCAAACCGACGAUUGCUACUCAAACGCGGCCGAUAGAUGUACCUCAAGCGCGACAUCCGUCCGGCUCGGCCCCGAGCAAGUCACAGGUUCCAGCGGAGAACACGGCAGCCACGUUCACACAAGAUGAAUGGGAGCAAGAUCUUGACGUUAGACUGAUAUUCCGGUAUCUUCGAUCGCGAUUUCUGUCACGGCCCAGCAGUACUGGGGUAUCUGGAAACUCGCACCUUGCGACGUUUAGUACGCAGGAUACCGCGACCUGUGGAGAGUCGCAAGUCCAAGGGGACUACGGCUUCCAGCCCGGUGUUAGUCCGGCAUGCUUCCAGCUGCGCGAGCCAGAGCACGCGCAGAUCAGUCAGGAGAAGCAGUUGCUCCUCGUCUCGUCACUAUUGGGAUAUCGGUGGUUCUGUCGGAACUGGCUCAAUGAUUGCUACGACGGGUCCAAUGGGGAGCUGGGGUGA